UCAUGUAAGUAUAAGAGGGGCUGGAGGGGGAGCUGCACACAGAAAGUUUUUUUACUUUCAUGCAUAGAAAACAUGAUGGUAAAAAACCUUCAGCCUUUAGAACCACUUUAACCCCCCCCUGGCGGUAUUCUCGAAGCAGGGGUCUCCAAACUAUGGCCCUCCAGCUGUUUAAGUACUACAAGUCCCAUCAUGCAUCUGCCUCUGGGAGUCUUAACUGUGGCUGUCAGAGUCUUGCAAGGCCUCAUGGGACUUGCAGUUCCUGAACACCUGGAGGGCCAUAGUUUGGAGACCCCUGGUCUAGAGGUCUAU